AUGCGCGUGUUUGGAUGUCGGGCUUUUAUCCUGACACCAAGGGAGAAGCGAUUGAAGUGGGACCCGAAGGCUCGUGAAGGGAUGUUCAUGGGCUACGAAGAAGUGUCAAAAGCUUAUCGAGUGUACGACAUUGAGGCGGACCAAGUGGUGAUCAGUCGUGACAUCACCUUCGACGAAUCGACUUUUGACUUUUCGAUGGACCGACCAAGUGACGAUGAUGAAGAUGCGGAGUUGGAUCUCGACCUCCUGGCGAUCAACGAGGACGACGUGCGUCAAACUGUCUACAAGCAGACUGGCAAGCGCAAGAGUGAAGCAAGACCCGGCAUGUCACGUUCAGCUCGCCCUCGAACUGGAUUGGAACAAGCAAGUGCGCCGGCACACGUCUCCAACCGUCACCAGAAACGACGAUCAAGUGCUCCAGAAACGAUGUCUGAUGACGAAGAAGAUGCAAGCGUCUACGAUCAAGAUGACGACUUGACGCCUCCAACAUUUUGGCGUGCAAGUGCAAACGCAGUGGAAGCAACGGACCUAGCAGAACCUGUGACUUUUCAAGACGCGAUCAAUGGUCCUGAUCAAGCUCACUGGCGAAAUGCUGUGAAGGCGGAACUCAAGUCGAUGCAUCUUCGUGGAGUUUUCCGUGCGGCAAAACUACCAAGAGGCCAAGGCGCGAUCGGCACCAAGUGGGUGUUCAAGAUCAAGCGCAAAGCGGAUGGAUCGGUCGAGAAAUACAAGGCGCGUCUCGUUGCCAAGGGCUUCAAGCAGAAGUACGGCAUCGACUACACAGAGACGUUCUCGCCCGUGGUCAAGUACGUGACACUGCGUAUGGUGAUCGCGAUCACCAAGUAUUUCGACUGGCCACUGGACCAACUCGAUGUGGUGACAGCCUUUCUCUACGGAGUGAUGAAGGAGAAGGUGUACUGCGUGGUACCAGAAGGCGUCGAGAUGGAUGGCGACUUCGACUGUCUCGAGUUGGUGAAGGCGAUCUACGGUCUCAAGCAAGCUUCACGUGUGUGGAACGAGACUUUCGAUGAGUUCGUAUGCUCUAUCGGUUUUGAAGCGUCGGCGUUCGACCCAUGUCUCUACAUCAAGGUUGUCGAUGGUCACUGUGUGCUCGUGCUGGUCUACGUGGAUGACGUGUUGGUCACCGGCAGCUCGCUCGAGUUGAUUGCGCAGACGAAGGCCGACCUCAAGACGCGUUUCGAGAUGACCGACAGUGGCAAGUGUACUUUUGUACUGGGCAUCGAACUGGUGGACGAAUCGGAUGGCAGCGUGACGAUGUGCCAGCGACGGUAUGUCAACGACAUCCUCAAGCGCUUCGGCAUGGAUGAGUGCAAGGCCACAUCAAGUCCGGUCGACUUGAGCACUCGGCUUGUCGCAAGCACCGAAGCGGCCAAGAUCGACGUUCCGUUUCGUGAAGCUGUGGGAGCUUUGAUGCACUUGACGACUGCGACGCGCCCGGACAUUGCGUAUGCUGUGGGGUACGUCUCGCGCUUCAUGGAGAAUCCGCAGCAAGAACAUUGGACGGCGGUGAAGCGCAUCUUUCGUUACUUGCAAGGGACCAAGUCGCACGGACUCCGAUUCCAGCCAAGCGAUAAGAUCGACUUUCGUGGCUACUCGGACGCGGACUGGGCCGGCGACCACGCUGAUCGCAAGUCGACUUCGGGUUACACUUUCAUGCUGAUGGGUGCUCCUGUGAGUUGGGGAAGCAAGAAGCAGUCAAGUGUGUCGCUGUCGACGAGUGAAGCGGAAUACAUCGCACUGAGUCUGGCCAUCCAGGAAGGCAAGUGGGUGCAUCGCCUGCUAUGCGAGAUUUUGGCGGCCGCAAACGAACCAGGACCGGACCUCGUCAUCCGUGAAGACAACCAGUCGUGCAUCAAGAUGACGAAGAAUCCGGUGAAUCAUGGCCGCGCCAAGCACAUCGACAUCAAGUACCAUCACAUCCGUGAUGAGGUCAAGCGCGGUGAAGUGCAGCUCGAGUAUUGCGAGACUUCCGUGAUGAUGGCGGACAUCAUGACCAAGGGACUUUCGGGACCUCGUCACAAGGACUUGACGACGGCUCUCGGCAUUCGUGCGAGUUCGGAUUGA